UUAAAACUGGACAGAAACACUCCAUUGGCGGGAAAAUGGCGUCCACCUUCUCAUUCCCACUCCUCUCUUCCAGAGACAUGAUCGCGGUUCUCUCUGAGUGUCAAAUCGCAACCAUCAGAGAAGAAGAUCUCGUCAAUCCAACUUCUGAACUCAUAUGCGCUAUCUAUACAAAUCUUCUAAUCUAUCUCGAUCCUCUCCAGGACGAUCAUGACCAAGCUGAUUUCGUUGCUUUAGGGCAACUGGAGAAUCCAGACCUUCACGUCGAAUCCGUCAAAACUAUGAAUUUGUACCAUAAGGUGAAGGAGAUUGUUGCUGCAGUCAAUUGCCCCAUAGGAUUCACUUUGAAAGAUAUGGUGAAGCCUGACACGCAGAGGACGGGUAUAAUCCUCAGUGCGAUAGUCAAUUUCUGCCUUCACAGGGAAGCAAAAUUGAAUCUGUUACAAUCAAUUGUUGAUGAGAUGAAUUUCCACGAACAGCAAAGCUUAGAGUUGGAGACAAGGAUUUCUCAGAUGAAUGCAGAAAUUUCAGAGCAUAGAGAAGCAAGGGAAAGUGAGCAACCAUUUGUUCAACAGUUAGAUGCUGAAGUCAAUGAGCUACGCCAGACCAUUCAGGGACUUAAUAACCGCCAGAUGUCUUUGAAGGGAUCCUUUAGAACUUUAAGGGAGAAGAGUAAAGAAAUGGAUGAGAAGAUUUCAAAUGCUGAGUUUUUAUUGGUGCAAAGUGCACAGGAAAAUGCCAAGUUGCGAUCUAAAAUUGUCCAAUCACCUGACAAACUGCAGGGGGCUUUGGAGGAAAAGAAAUCAAUUCGGGCUGAAGUGAAGAACUCUGAAAGAUCAGCCAUGGAGUUGUUUCAGGGGAAGACUGCAGCAAUUGAGGUGUAUUCGAAGGCGGGCAAGAAAAUGUCCAAGCACUUCAGGCAGAUGCAAGGGAUACAAGAACAGGUCAACAAAUCCAAAAGCAUUGAUAAAGAUGUCAAGAUUCUGAAGACUAAGCUUACUGAGGACGAAGUGUUGGAUAUGUCCCUUGAGGCAAAAUUAGUUGAACGGCAAGGAAAAGCGGAACAGGUAGAGGAAUCAAAGAAGGCACUAGAGAAAGAAAGAUAUCUGAAACAUGAAGAGGUUACCAAAGAACUAAAAAACAUUACGCUGGAGGUAGAAACAAAGAAGUCUGAUCUACAAGCAAGACAGAGAAAGGUUGAAGAAGUUGUAGCAGAGGCAGAAGAUAUAGCUUUGAAGAUUACUUCAGUGAAAGAAACUGCUGCAGGUAGACAGCAAGAACUAUUUCAUAAUUGUCAAGAGGCUGUGAAUGAGUUUCACAAUUAUACAAGCGAGAUGGAAACCGUUCGGCGAAGCAUAUCUCAACCAAGCUAGAAAGGUUGUCUGGGUAUGCAUCUAU